GAUCUUUAUCUUUUGCGUUGCUUUCAUCAUUAAUAAUUCUUUUGAAUAUCCGGAGGGGAAAUUUUUUUCCAAAACCGCAACACAGAUAGAUAUAGAUUCCUUCCAAGAAUGACAACACUUACCAGACACGACCUCGAAGUUCUCGAGAAAAUAAAGGAUCCUGAGUCGGGUCCUUCGAAUCCCCUCCUUAUCGAUGAUUCGCUUCCCAAAGACCCGCAUAUCAUCGAUCUUUCUACAUAUCAAGAAAUUGCGCAACGAGAGAGAGAUAUUAUUCUCUCCAUGCAAGAUGUAGAACUUCAGAUGGCUGGGUUGAAACCUCUUGCUGAACAUUCGCCUUUAUCUCAAUAUCAAACUUGCCUCCAGAGCUUGAAUGGUUUGAUUGAAGAAUAUCCUAACUAUGCCAGUGCGAGGAAUAACAGAGCACAAGCAUUACGUCGUGUUUAUGGCGAUUUGAUGUUGGUGAAGAGAUCCUCUACCAAAGGAUCUGGAACUGGUGUGAACGAACCUUUGGAUACGGAAGCAUCUGAAUCCACCAUAAAACUUGCAUCAUUUAACGCCUUAUCCGAUCUUGAUAAAGCAAUUUCACUGUUGGCUCCAAAGACACCCUGGGCAUCAAUAUCUCCUCAAGCAGCAAAGACGCUUUCCCAAGCCUUAACGCAACGAGGUGCCUUGUAUCAUCUAUCAGCUAAACAACUUUCUUCUGACGCUGAAUCGAGUGUGAGAAUUGAUGAGAGGAGAAGGGAGGCGAAGUGGAAGACGAUAGAAUUUGAAGAGGCAGCAUCAAGGGAUUUUAUGACGGGCGGAAGGUAUGGGAAUGAGAUUGCAAAGGCGCUAGCGGUGAGCGCAAAUCCGACGGCAAAACUUUGUGGAGAUAUGGUCAGGCAAGCGAUGAAGAGAGAAAUGGGUGGCGGUGAAAGCUGAAUGAAAACAUUCCUGUAAUAAUAUGUUUGGGGCAGGGAAUGAGAAAUGAUUGCAUUUAAUAAUGAAGGCAAAGGAUUUUUAUGGUUCGCAGCUUGGAACCCAUGGCGUUAUGAAUAUAAUACCAACAUUUUGGCUUAGAAGAGAUUCCACUAAUGAAUUUUUUGAAGUAUACAAUUGUGAAUCAUCUCAAUUUACUUGCUAUCAUGAUGCUAUGACCAAACCUGAGAAUAUCGUUUAAAAAAUGACAAUAUUAAACUUGUAA